AAUCUAAGAAUCAAGAUGAUUUUUCCUUUGACUUUUUUUUGAAAAAGGUCAAAGAAGACUAUGAAAGUAAUAAUCUACAACUGUGUUUAGCAUUGGAUAAGUUUGCAAAGCGAUAUAAAGCAGCCAAAUCACUAUCUAUUUCAAGAUUGAAUUCUUUUCUCUAUAACCUUAAUCGUAAUUCAGAUCUUUUAGCACGUAUCAAGAGUG